CAGCCGCAUUGGAUCCCACAGCCUACUGCGAGACUCCGGUGUACAACCCGGAUCUCUGCCCCAACAUGAUCGCGGCCCAGGCCAAGCUGGUCUACCACCUGAACAAGUACUACAACGAGAAGUGCCAGGCCAGGAAGGCCGCCAUUGCCAAGACGAUCCGGGAAGUCUGCAAGGUGGUUUCCGACGUGCUCAAGGAGGUGGAGGUGCAGGAGCCCCGGUUCAUCAGCUCACUCAACGAGAUGGACAAUCGCUACGAGGGCCUCGAGGUCAUCUCGCCCACCGAGUUCGAGGUGGUGCUUUACCUGAACCAAAUGGGGGUGUUCAACUUCGUGGACGACGGCUCGCUGCCCGGCUGCGCGGUACUCAAGCUGAGCGACGGGCGGAAGAGGAGCAUGUCCCUCUGGGUGGAGUUUAUCACGGCCUCCGGCUACCUCUCGGCGCGCAAAAUCCGCUCCAGGUUUCAGACGCUGGUGGCUCAAGCGGUGGACAAAUGCAGCUACAGGGACGUGGUCAAGAUGGUGGCAGACACCAGCGAAGUGAAACUGAGAAUCCGAGACAGGUACGUGGUGCAGAUCACCCCGGCUUUUAAAUGCACCGGGAUCUGGCCGCGCAGCGCGGCGCACUGGCCGCUGCCCCACAUCCCCUGGCCGGGCCCCAAUCGCGUGGCGGAGGUGAAAGCGGAAGGCUUCAAUCUCUUGUCCAAGGAGUGCCACUCGCUGGCCGGCAAGCAGAGCUCGGCCGAGAGCGACGCCUGGGUGCUGCAGUUCGCGGAAGCCGAGAACAGACUGCAGAUGGGCGGCUGCAGGAAGAAAUGCCUCUCCAUCCUCAAAACCCUGCGGGACCGCCACCUCGAGCUGCCCGGCCAGCCCCUCAACAACUACCACAUGAAGACUCUGGUGUCCUACGAGUGCGAGAAGCACCCCCGGGAGUCGGACUGGGACGAGUCCUGCCUGGGAGACCGGCUGAACGGCAUCCUGCUGCAGCUCAUCUCCUGCCUGCAGUGCCGGCGCUGCCCCCACUACUUCCUGCCCAACUUAGAUCUGUUUCAGGGCAAGCCCCACUCGGCCCUGGAGAACGCCGCCAAGCAGACGUGGCGGCUGGCGAGGGAGAUCCUGACCAACCCGAAAAGUUUGGAGAAACUUUAGAGGGCGAUUUCGUGGAGAGGCGAGACGACGGCUCGCCGCCGAGUCCUAGUGAAGCAUAAACUUCCCGUUCGAGUCGUACCUAACAUUCCACUCGACCACGUCCUUAAAAAGGAAUAGUGCAAGGCUCGGGCGUCCUCUGGAGAAGCAGCGGAAGCCCAGACCCACGAGCGCUAGAAGACUUGACAGGCGACCUCCGAGCCCCCGGAGGGGCCAGGCCAACUCCGGCCAGAGCCCGGCGGCGAGGCGGGGGCGCGCGGGGCGCAGCGGCCCCGACGACGU